AAUCAAUGGAAAGAUAAAAAGAAAAACAUAAGAAAAAGAGUUAUCAAACACUUGGUGGAGUCGAUCAGAGAGCUCUUCCAGGCUCUUUGAAGAUGUUCAAGUCAUUAGUUUUGAAAGCUAGUUCUACACGAAAAGUUUUCAAUGUUGCACACUUCAAUCAACAGCGAGGAAUGCACAGCAGGAAUAAGAUGGCAAUGGAAUACAUUGCGAAAGGGUGGAACGCAUUGAAGGAGGUUGAUAGGGUGAUCGACUAUUGUGAACCUAGAGAUAAACGUCUUAUUCCUCACCUUAAGACCGCAAAGGAUAAUUUUGAAAUGGCUCUCGAAGUUGAUAAUACAAACACACACGCCAGAUAUUGGUUAUCCAGACUGCACCUCAAAUACCAUGUGCCCGGUCAAUGUAAAGCUAUAGGAGCGGCUUUAUUGGUUGAAGCUGCAGAUAUGGGUGAUGCAGAUGCUCAAUAUGAAUUAGGUCGUAAUUUAAGAAUCGAGAAUGAAGGUGUUGACACGGAUCAACAAGCGUUUUAUUAUUUGGAGAAAGCAGCCGAUCAGUUGCACCCUGGCGCUCUUUACCUUCUGGGGGCUGUCUAUUUGACAGGCGACUGUGUUAAGAAAGAUAUUGACUCUGCAUUAUGGUGCUUUCAUAAAGCUUCCGAGAAGGGUCAUGCCGGGGCAGCAAUUGCAUGUGGGUCUCUCCUUGUUAGAGGCUAUGAACUUCCCCCGUCUAUAACAAAAUUUAGUUUAAAGAAGGAGGUUACCGGUAGGAAGUUAAGGAAGAAAUCGGGUGAACCUAAACCUAACCCGAUCCAACUAGCAAGAGAACAGUUUGAGAAUGCUGCAAAGUUAGGAAAUGAUCUUGGAUUUAGAUGGUUAAAAAGACUCGACGAAGAAGAAAAGCGUGUUCUGGCUGCAUAAAGGAAGCAUACAUACAUAUGUAUUAAAUUUCUCUCUUAAAAUGCGAGGAAGAUGAGAAAAACAUUAGGAUAUGUAGAUGACACAUGUACUGCAUGAUAAUGGUUCCAGCAUGCAAUACAAGGGACAUAACAUUUUGGUUUGAUUCGGAUUAAUUUAAAUAUUAUGUUUGAUGUUC